CAGUCCGGCAUGGCAGAAAAACCAGUGUGUGUGUCCACACAAAUACUUGAUGAUGAAUAUACACAAAAAGAAGAUAACAUCCGUUGCUUAACUAUGCGUGGUCAUUUUGGCUUUGAAUGUUUGCCCUAUCAAUUGGUGAACAGAUCUAUCCGACAAGGAUUCUCUUUCAAUAUUCUCUGUGUGGGAGAAACUGGAAUUGGAAAAUCAACACUGAUCGACACACUGUUUAAUACUAAUUUGAAAGACAGCAAAUCCUCACAUUUUUACUCCAAUGUUGGACUUAAAAUUCAGACAUACGAACUUCAGGAAAGCAAUGUUCAAUUGAAAUUGACUGUUAUAAAUACAGUGGGGUACGGUGAUCAAAUAAACAAAGAAGCCAGCUACCAACCAAUUGUUGACUACAUAGACGCCCAGUUCGAGGCGUACCUGCAAGAAGAACUGAAGAUUAAACGCUCUUUCGUUGACUACCACGAUUCUCGCACCCAUGCGUGCCUUUACUUCAUCUCACCCACAGGACAUUCUCUGAAGUCCCUCGAUCUAUUAACGAUGAAGAGCAUUGACAGUAAGGUGAACAUCAUACCAUUGAUUGCCAAAGCAGAUACAAUUUCUAAGAAUGAAUUACAGAAGUUUAAGAGCAAGAUAAUGAAUGAACUGAUUAGCAAUGGCAUCCAGAUAUAUCAGUUCCCAGCAGACGAUGAAACUACCGGUCAAGUAAACUCCUCAAUGAAUGGGCUAUUGCCCUUUGCCGUGGUGGGGAGUACGGAUGAGGUGAAAGUUGGAAAGAGAAUGGUCAGAGGUCGUCACUACCCCUGGGGAGUUUUGCAAGUGGAAAAUGAAAACCACUGUGACUUUGUUAGACUCCGGGAAAUGCUUCUUUGUACCAAUAUGGAAGACCUGAAAGAAAAAACCCACACUCAGCACUACGAACGUUACAGGCGCAGUAAGCUGCAGGCUAUGGGCUUUUCGGAUGUCGGCCCAGACAACCAGCCAGUUAGUUUUCAAGAGAUCUAUGAAGCUAAAAGACAAGCAUUCCAUGCUCAAUGUCAGAGGGAAGAGGAAGAGUUAAAACAGAAGUUUAUGCAGAGAGUUAAGGAGAAAGAAAUAACAUUUAAAGAAUCUGAAAAAGAGCUACAGGAUAAGUUUGAGCAACUUAAAAAGGUCCAGCAAGAGGAGACAAUAAAGCUUGAAGAAGAGAGAAGACAAUUAGAAGAAGAACUAAUAGAGUUUUAUAAGCUGAAGACUGCCUCUGAAACGUUACAGGCACAGGUGUGCACCAACGUGAGAAAGGACAAAGAUCGUAAGAAGUAGUUCUUUCUUAACGUUCGCUGAGCCCCAUCAUUCUCGAUCACACCUUCCUAUGGGGUUGUCUUUAGAGCAUUUAACUCUGAUAUUACUUCUAAUUUUUCUUUCUUUUUUUUUUUUUGGACAGGUUUUUGCUAUAGGGCGUAUGCA